AUGGAGGGUAGUGUUCGUACUCUCCGUCAGGUCCUUGGAAUUGCUGCGGGAAUGUUCCAGGAGAUUUGUAUGCUCAAGCGCAAUAAGGAGAAGGACCUGAAGUUACCUCUAUUUUACUCACUGCGAUGGUAUCUUUUCUUCGUCACUGUUUUCUAUGGAUACAAGCGUUUCAUGACAGACAGAUUCGACCGUCUGGCCAUGGUUUACCCGGUCAUACACUUCAUCGUGAGAUAUCACGGCAUCAUCUCAUACACUCUAUUCGUUAUCGGCCUCGUGGCCUUUGUGCUCAGUUUGCGAAAAUAUACACUUCGUUAUCAGUUUGGUCAACUAGCAUGGACCAUUGUGACGCUAAUAAUAGUCGUGGUGCAAGGGAUAGCAAUGACGGCUAAUAUCUAUAACGGUCUCAUCUGGUUCUUCUUACCAACCUCAGUAGUCAUUGUCAAUGAUAUAUUCGCGUACCUAUUCGGAUUCUUCUUUGGGCAUCACCCCCUCAUUAAGCUGUCACCCAAGAAGACCUGGGAGGGUUUCAUCGGUGGCUCCAUCGCGACUAUGAUAUUUUCGAUGAUCUGGUGUUCUGUCCUCCAAAAAUACGAGUAUUUCACUUGCAAACAAGAAGAGAUCGUCUUUAAGCCCUUCAUCUACCCAAGCUGCACACCAGAUGAGAUUUAUACUCUCCAUAGAACGUAUGCUGCUACCACUAUCGCUGCCUGUGCCCGAUCGUAUUGUCCAGGUACACUAUUCCCCCGUUCGGGUAGCUUUGCAUCUCUGGUAGCGCCGUUCGGUGGGUUCCUAGCGUCUGGUUUCAAACGUGCCUUCAAGAUAAAGGACUUUGGCGACUCCAUCCCUGGUCAUGGUGGCCUCACAGACCGCUUCGACUGUCAGGUCGUAAUGGGUAUGUUCACGUAUGUCUAUCUCUCCAACUUCGUCGUUGGUGAUAGUGCUACUGCAUUCACCAGUCUUCUAGAGAAGGUCAUGCAGUUAUCUGAUGCAGAACAACUACAGUUGUACGAUCAUUACUAA